GUGACUAGGCGGUGCUGACAUGUCUGGCCGAGGCAAAGGCGGGAAGGGUCUGGGCAAAGGGGGCGCUAAGCGCCACCGCAAGGUUUUGCGGGACAACAUCCAGGGCAUCACCAAGCCCGCCAUUCGGCGGCUGGCCCGGCGCGGCGGCGUGAAGCGCAUCUCCGGGCUCAUCUACGAGGAGACCCGCGGGGUGCUCAAAGUGUUCCUGGAGAACGUGAUCCGGGACGCCGUCACCUACACGGAGCACGCCAAGCGCAAGACGGUCACGGCCAUGGACGUGGUGUACGCGCUCAAGCGCCAGGGCCGCACUCUCUACGGCUUCGGCGGCUGAGCGCCUCGGACCUCCUGCUACUACCUCCACAAGCACAAAAAGGCCCUUUUCAGGGCCGCCCACGUUUUUCACGAAAGAUCUGUAGCUUUUGGU